CAGUCAAUCCUCUUUGCACUUGCCAAUGACAGCCCAUGCUUCUCGUCUUCUCCCCGCAUUCCAAACAAUUUUGCCGGUCUCUGGACAUCCUGUCCACAAUUGUGAUAAUAAAUAGGGUAAUUGUUGGUGUAUUGAACAUUCAAAUUGAAUUGUCCAGUCAGAAUGCCGAACACUCUCCUCGACGUCGACGAGUCGCUAUUAAAAAAGAACCUCUUGCUUGCUGAAUAUAAGGAAAACGAGGAUGAGUUCGAUCGCCUCCUGAAGACCUUGGAGGAACCCCACACACCGUCAGUUGUCUUCAGACCUCACCCUGGGGUCUGUGUUAAGACCAAAGUUGAUUCUGGGGGUAAAAUAUUCGUCAAUAUCUGUCACACCACGGAAAUUCCACCCCCCGAGGACAUCUCUGAUGACAGAUUCCAUGAGAUCCUUGCAGAGGAUUCUCCAGCCUGGUGCAUACCCAUGAGCAUUGGACAUGAACGACUAGAGGCUGAUAAAAGUGGAAGCCAGUGUCCUACGUACGACGUCGCAAUAAAUACAAAAUUUUACAACAAAUGCCAGGAGAAAAAACAUUUCUUUGCCUUUGCUGUCCUCACUAUUCUCUCAGCCAUCGGAGAAAAGUACGACAAGGUCGUUGAUUCUGAGAAUUAUGUCGUCUUGAAGAAUCGAAAGGUCGUGGGGAAACUGCACGACCACAGGGUGGCAAAACGACCCCCCAAGUACUCGUCAGCCAAUAGUGCACCAAAGCCUCUGAUCCAGGAGAUCUCUGAAAAUAAAUUAACAAAAUCCAAAGAUAAAAAACAAAUGCUUGAGAGCGUUCAAGUUGCUGAUAAUUCUCACUACGUAAUCUUUAGAACACCGAAGGCAGGUGAACCUCAGAAAUUAAUUGGAUACUUUAAACUUCCCAAUCAGUGUUCCAAAAACGAUAUCCGAGCGGAUAUCGGUGAAGACAGAAUUCUAAUUGACGUAAUCUCGUAUAAUUACCUCGUUGACAUCUUCGUUCCAUUCGCAAUUGACCAAAGUUCAACGACGGCUUCCCUAGACACUGAUCUCAACAUACUAAGAGUGGAUAUGCCACUGAUAUUGACGUGAAUAUGACACAAUGAGGCCUGGCGAUGGAGCGAUCGCUGCGAUAUCAAAAGAACACUUGAGAAUAUCUUAAUUUACAUUAGUGAUGUCUCAUCUUAAAUCUACAUUUUUAUUUUACAAACAAGGAGAUUAUUAUUUGCAAAGUAAUUAACUAAGGUGACAUUAAAUAUUUCUGUUUUGAUUAUUUUUAAAGCUAGUUCCGAACAAUUUCUUUUGAACAACAAAUUUAUGAACAAAACCUAACAAAAAAUAUUAUGGUUUAACGAAAAAUAUUAUGGUUUAACAAAAAAUCUCAAAUUUUUUG